AUGGACGCGGAGCAGCUGCGGGAGUGCGGCCACCGGAUGGUGGAUUUCGUCGCCGUUACAAAUCCAUCGAGACCUUCCCCGUCCUCAGCCAAGUGCAGGCACCCAGGAUAUCUAAAGGAACUCCUACCGGAUACUGCUCCCAGCAAACCCGAUACAUUGGAGGCCCUUUUUUAUGAUAUACGAGAGAAGAUAGUACCCGGAGUUACACAUUGGCAAAGUCCAAAUUACUUCGCUUAUUAUCCUUCCAAUAGCAGCACUGCUGGCUUCCUUGGGGAGAUGCUUAGUGCAGCCUUUAACAUAGUCGGAUUCAGUUGGAUAACCUCUCCUGCUGCAACUGAGCUAGAGGUUAUUGUCUUGGAUUGGUUUGCCAAAAUGCUUAGGCUCCCAAGUCAGUUCCUGUCUACUGCACUUGGUGGAGGUGUAAUCCAGGGCACUGCCAGUGAAGCAGUUCUUGUUGUCCUUUUGGCUGCACGAGACAGGACUUUAAGGAAGCAUGGGAAGACGUCCCUUGAAAAACUAGUAGUUUAUGCAUCAGAUCAGACACAUUCUGCUCUCCAAAAGGCAUGCCAGAUUGCUGGGAUUUUCCCAGAGAAUGUGAGAUUGGUGAAGGCUGAUUGCGAUAAAAACUAUGCCGUUGCACCUCUAGCCAUUAGUGACGCCAUUGCCACAGACUUGUCAUCUGGUUUAAUACCAUUUUUCAUCUGUGCAACAGUAGGCACCACAUCUUCAUCAGCUGUGGACCCAUUGCCUGAGUUAGGACAAAUAGCAAAGGCCAAUAACAUGUGGCUCCACAUUGAUGCUGCCUAUGCGGGAAGUGCCUGCAUAUGCCCAGAAUAUCGACAUUACCUAAAUGGAGUGGAAGAAGCUGAUUCAUUUAAUAUGAACGCACAUAAGUGGUUCCUCACAAACUUUGAUUGUUCCUUACUAUGGGUGAAGGCUUCCGAAGAAAAUUCUGUCUUUGAUUUCAAAGACUGGCAAAUUCCACUUGGACGGUGUUUUAGAUCACUUAAGUUAUGGAUGGUCUUGAGGCUUUAUGGCGUGGAUAACCUUCAAAGCCACAUCAGAAAGCAUAUAGAGUUAGCCAAACAUUUCGAACAACUUGUGAUCUCUGAUUCAAGAUUCGAGGUAGUGACUCCAAGGACCUUUUCACUUGUUUGUUUACGCCUUGUGCCCCUGGCAUCUGACCAAGAUAAUGGUCGCAAAUUGAACUAUGACCUAAUGGAUGCCGCUAACUCAAGUGGGAAGAUCUUCAUAUCACAUACGAUUCUUUCUGGCAAGUUUGUCUUGCGAUUUGCAGUUGGAGCGCCUCUUACAGAGGAGCAACACAUCAAUGCUGCUUGGAAGAUUCUACAAGAUUUGGCCACCAAACAGCUAUUAGGAAGUCCAUAG